AUGAACAGAAAGGUCCAGUCAGUCCAGGCGGGAGGAAAUGUUACUUUUUCAUGCCGGUCAGUCACGAAAGAAGAUGUGAUACAAGUGACAUGGCAGAAAGAGACGGAUGGGGCUGAAGACAACAUAGCAACUUACAGUACGAUUAAUGGCCAAAAAAUAGCCAAGGCCUAUGUAAGCCAUGUGAGCUUUGCCCACAGCGAGUUACAAGCCUCAGCCAUCUCCCUUCAUGGAGUCACCCUCCAAGAUGAAGGAUGCUACAAAUGCAUCUUCAACACAUUUCCCUCGGGGGCGGUCACUGGCAGGAUGUGUCUCAAGAUUUAUGCCAUCUCAGACCCCAGAGUGGAAAUUAAACUUAUAUCCAGUCCAGACAAAGCUGAGGACUCUGAGAAAAUGGUGGGGAUGAGCUGCUCAGCAACAGGGAAACCAGCUCCAAAAAUAACCUGGCACCUCCCCAGCAGCCUGCAGCAGAAACCAAGGGAGUACCACAUAAAGUUCAGCAACCAGACCAUGACUGUAAUCAGCAAUUUUACCCAUACCCACUCCAAAAUCCUUCGGGAGUACCCCAUCACCUGCAUGAUCCAACAUCCUUCUCUAAAUGUGACCCUGGUCCUGCCUACAGACAGCCUGGAGCAGGGUCCAGACAGCAGCAUGGCACCGGCCAUUGCCAUUGCACUGGGGGUCCUGGUCCCCCUGACCUCCCUUCUCAUUCUCACCUGCCUCUUCUACCACUGCCUCAGUCACCUAUGUGAUGCAGAGAGAAACCCAACCUGGCCCUGCUGGGUACUUCCUGCCUGCACCAAGGCCAAGAAGUGCAGGCAGUACAGAGCUGCAAGCAAGUGGGCUCCUGCAAUGUCCCACAGCCUUGGUGCACCACUGAACACCUGAGAAGCUGCCCCACCUACACAUGUAAGAGAUAAACUCUUAAAAUGGAACCUCAAGCUUCCAAGGAAACCUCCUGUGACUUUCUCCAAGAGAAAUAUAAAAAGGGACAAUUUAUAAUAUAUAUUUAUUUUAUUAUACUAUAAUAUUCUGUUUCAUAAGAAAAAAAAAGUAUUUAUUUGAAACUCA